AUGCUCUCCCUCUUACCGGUCACCACGGCGAUUGUAGUCGUUCUCGCCCACCUGUCGACAAUAAUCUUCGCCGCAAACGGCCCGACUGGCUACUGCUUCACCGUUGACGAUCUCUGCGGUGGAGUCAAAUACACGACCAUCUACGGCAACAACUACCCUGGCGUCAACAAAGUUGGUCCAUGCCAAAGUGUCGUGCCCAGCCAUAAGGUCUCCCAAGGCUGUUCCGCCGAGGACUGCUCUUCGGGCUGCACCAACCUCAAUGUGCCCAGCAGAAACUGUGUCGAGCAUGCGGGUAAAUACAAGUGCUUGAGGUUUGCAAACGAUGGUCUGCCUCCCCUUCGACUGAGAGACGCCGUCAAGGGGGAGCUCGAGUGA